UUUUUUCUCCACUGUGAGCCAAGUUCCGUCAGUUUCGUCGAAUAAAUCGGAGAAAUGGCUACUCGUCUGUUAAAAAUUAGUAGCGCGCUACGCACAUAUAGCAAUAAGACCAGCCUGGUUAAGGUACCAAAACAAUGGCGUUCUACCGCUGCUUCUCUGAGGGAAGCACUCAUCAAUCAACCAGCUACCAGAGUUACAACUUUGGACAGUGGAAUGAGAGUUGCCAGUGAAGAUAGUGGAGCUGCAACAGCUACUGUUGGUCUUUGGAUUGAUUCUGGUAGCCGAUAUGAGACAGAUGAGAACAAUGGUGUCGCUCAUUUCAUGGAACAUAUGGCUUUUAAGGGAACCACCAAACGUUCUCAAACCGAUUUGGAACUGGAAAUAGAGAACAUGGGAGCUCAUUUGAACGCUUAUACAAGUCGAGAACAAACAGUAUUUUAUGCGAAAUGCUUGUCGCAAGACGUGCCGAAAGCUAUUGAGAUUCUGAGUGAUAUUAUCCAAAAUUCUAAAUUAGGUGAAAAUGAGAUUGAAAGGGAACGCGGUGUUAUCUUGCGCGAGAUGCAGGAGGUCGAGACAAAUCUGCAAGAGGUUGUAUUUGAUCAUUUGCACGCCGCUGCCUAUCAAGGCACAACCUUAGGACGAACAAUACUGGGCCCUACUAAGAAUAUCAAAAGUAUUACUCGAGAUGAUCUUGUUCAAUACGUGAAGAAUCACUAUGGGCCACCUAGAUUCGUGCUGGCCGGUGCCGGUGGUGUACAUCACAACCAAUUAAUCGAACUUGCCGAAAAGCAUUUCGGUCAAAUGAAAGGACCGAGCUACGAUAAAAUUCCGGAUUAUGUCCUAUCUUGUCGUUACACCGGCUCUGAAAUAAGGUUCCGCGAUGAUACGAUUCCUCUCGCCCAUAUUGCGAUCGCUGUUGAAGGUGCUGGAUGGCCUGAUGCAGACAACAUUCCUCUUAUGGUCGCGAAUACCCUUAUGGGAGCGUGGGAUCGUAGUCAAGGCGGGGGUGUAAAUAACGCGAGCAGUCUAGCCAAAGCUUGCGCAGAGGAAGGCUUGUGUCACAGCUAUCAAAGUUUUAAUACAUGCUACAAGGAUACUGGUCUCUGGGGUGUAUACUUCGUUUGUGAUCCUUUGAAGUGCGAUGAUAUGGCGAGUCAAAUUCAGCACGAAUGGAUGAGGCUGUGCACAUCAGUUACUGAGAAGGACGUGGCACGCGCUAAGAAUAUUCUCAAAACUAACAUGUGUCUGCAAUUGGAUGGCACUACCGCAAUUUGCGAAGAUAUUGGCCGCCAGAUGUUAUGUUAUAAUCGCCGUAUCCCACUUCACGAACUCGAGAUGAGGAUAGAUAGUGUAACUGCCCAAACUAUUCAUGAUGUUGGUAUGAAGUAUAUUUUCGAUCACUGCCCAGUAAUCGCUGCAGUUGGACCCAUUGAAAAUUUGCUAGAUUAUAACGUCAUCCGUUCCGGCAUGUAUUGGCUCAGAGUAUAAUCAUCCUCAAGCACUAAUUAUCGAUCAGUUUUAGCACACCGAUUAGAAAUAAAAUAAAACUACAAUGUGCAUAUAUCUAAUAACGAUAUAAUUCAUGUUUUCUCCCAUAUGAGUUGUAGUUUUAUUUUGAAAUACAUUUACGAAGUGAAUGUUCGUCGAUGUAUACUACCUGGCAAAAUAAACAUACAUACGUCGAAAAUA